CGCUCAGCUGGCCCAGCGACGGGGCCCAGGCACCGGCUGGGGUCGGCUGGGGCCACCCCCGGCAGCAGGCAGCGCCCUUCUCCCCGGCGCCGGGGGCCGGGCGGGGCGUGAGCCCGCCCAGAGGCGGGGCGGCCGGUUCCCGUGGAGCAGAGUCCCGACUCGGCCCGAGCAGGAGCAGUCGCCGCCGCCACCGCCACCGCCGCAGCCGGAAUGAGCAGCCACCGCGUCGCCUUGCAGGGCCCGGGGCCCUGGGGCUUCCGCCUGGUGGGGGGCAAGGACUUCGAGCAGCCGCUCACCAUCUCCCGGGUGACUCCUGGCAGCAAAGCUGCAAUAGCCAAUUUAUGUAUAGGAGAUGUCAUUGUGGCAAUUGAUGGGGAGAACACGGAUAACAUGACACACUUAGAAGCGCAGAACAAAAUCAAGAGCUGCAUAGAUGAGAUAACUCUGACAGUCGGCAGAACAGAAUCCAAAGUCUGGUCCCCUCUGGUGACAGAGGAGGGAAAGCCCAAUCCAUACAAGAUGAAUCUGGCUUCUGAACCCCAGAGACCAGCGCAGUUUCAGCGUGCAUUCAGCAUGACAUACCAGCCCUUAAAAUCACCCUCUGACCGAAACAGCCGUUUAUUGCCUCCUGGGUUCCAGGCACCUUUUGCAACAGUCUAUAAUCCUCUCCAGCCGCACACCUCCUUGCCUCCAUUGCAAAGGAGGCACAGCACCUCCUCCAUCCCAAGCCAAGUGAGAGUUGGGCCCGAACAGCUAAAGCAAGCCGCUCAGAUCUGCCCCAACAGCCCUGUGGAAGUGGAGGUGCCGGGACUCAAAGUGGUGCACGUGCAAUUUAAUUCCCCCUUGCAGCUCUAUUCCCAGAGAAACAUCCUGGAUACUUUACAAGGGCAGAUCUCUUCCGUUAGCCCUGCUUUUCCCAGUUUGGAGCACCACAACCAGCCCUCCAGUAACCUUGUCAUAGACAAGGAGUCUGAGGUUUACAAGAUGCUCCAGGAGACUGAAGACCCAAAGGAACCACCCAGGCAAUCUGCUUCAUUCCUUGUGCUACAAGAAAUUUUAGAAUCUGAAGGGGAUCCCAAUAAACCUUCUGGAUUUAGAAGCGUGAAAGCACCAAUGACAAAAGUUGCCUCGUCGAUUGGAAAUGCCCAGAAACUGCCCAUUUGUGAUAAGUGUGGAUCCGGCAUUGUGGGGGCGUUCGUGAAACUGCGUGACAAGCAGCGCCAUCCAGAGUGCUAUGUGUGUAGCGACUGCGGGACAAACCUCAAGCAGAAAGGACACUUCUUUGUGGAGGAUUGCAUCUAUUGCGAGACGCAUGCCCGGGAGCGAGUGACCCCGCCCGAAGGCUAUGAGGUGGUCACUGUCUUUCCAAAGUGAAUGACAUCAUCCGCUCUGUAUUAUUUUUCCCACACUAAUGUUUUCCAAAAAGCAGCCCCCCCGCCCCCGCCCCCCCCCCGCCCCCUGUGUGAACCUGCCUUGCAAUAAGGAAUGCUCGGCAUGGCUUUUCUUUUGCUGCCACAGUAACCCUCCAUCUGUUAGCCUUAGGUGCCACUAAUUGUUCAACACUUGCAUUUUUUAAAAUCUGCUCUGACAAAUCAGUUUGGAACCCUUUUUUGUACUGUCCAAUCUUUCUCCCUUCACUGUUGAUUGCAGAUGAAAAUCAGAAGCCAAAGCCGAAGCACAGAAGCUAUGUGGCUCAGUUGUUUUUCCUUCUGUUCAUGUUCAAUAAACAUGAUGAAUCUACAAGACAAA